UAAAAAAUGAAAAUGACAUCAUUAUUAAUUGUUGCAUUGCAAAUAUAUUGCUCAUUAGCAGUGCUUGGAAUAGAUUUACAUGCAAAACAUGAUGAUUUUGCUUGUAUUAAAAAGAAUGGAUACCAAUUUGUUAUAGCAAGAGCUUACAGAAGUUUUGGAGCAGUAGAUUUAGAUGGAUAUUAAAAUUUAGAGAAAGCAAAAGCAGCAGGAUUAAUAGGAGAUGUUUAUUUCUUCCCAUGUAAAGGAAGUAAUUAAAUAAUUGUUAUAAAAAUAAUUAGAGAAAACAGCUAAAAGUCAAGUAUAAGAAUUUGUCUAAACUUUUGGUAAUUAAUAAACAUAAGUGUAUGGUACAGUAUGGGUUGAUGUUGAAACAAAUCCUAGCACAGAUUGUGGAUGGACAAAUGAUUAUGCAAGCAAUUGUAAUUUCUUAUAAGAACUUGUAAAUGAAUUGAAAGGAAACAGUAGAUCAGUAGGAAUAUAUGCCUCAUAAUAUAUGUGGACUUCUAUAUUUGGAAGUUAAUCAGCAUGUUCACACUUUACUUCACUUCCAUUGUGGUAUCCUCAUUAUGAUCAGACACCUACUUUUGAUGAUUUUCCUAAAUAUAAAUUUGGAGGUUGGACUACUCCUAGUAUUAAGUAGUAUUCAGGAACAGCUACAGUUUGUGGUGUAGGAGUUGAUUUAAAUUAUUAUAAGUGAAACAGAU